AUGCGGAAGAAACACUUUAUCGUCUGCGCCUUAUUACUCGGCUGGCAAUUCGUGGCGGCUGCCUCGUUAUGCACCGGCAAGAAUACGACAACCUUUAUGCGCUCUGAGGGGAUGAAGCUUAUGGAAUUCCCUACAAAUACAAUCAAGGACUCUACGCUGAAUGAAUGCGCCCAGGCCUGCGUGAACCAGACGAAGGGCACACUUUGCUCCUCAUUCGAGUACGAUCCGGCCGCGCAGGAAUGUUCCAUGCAUCCGGAAAACGGGCAGCCCUUUGGCGCCUCGGUGCUGGCCAAAGGCACGGGUGCUGUUUCGUUCUUCCAGCACGUAUGCGUGGAGGAAGACUUCCUCUGCUCCUCGCCCUAUGCAUUUGAGCGGUUUCCGCAGCAAAUUUUGAUCGGCUAUGCAAUGGAGGUCCAACAAACUGGCGGCCUAUCCGAAUGCCUCUCUCUUUGCCUGGCUUCAGAUUCUCGACUAAAUGUCCCCUGUAAAUCGGUGAUGUACUACUACGAGACUGGAGAAUGCAUCAUCAACCGUGAGACUAGGAAUGAGCACCCGGAAAUGUUCGCAGCAGCCCCCUUCGAUGCCAUUGUUGACUACUUUGAGAAUAAUUGCCAUAAUACGGAUUGUCGGGACGGUUCGGCAAUGCAUUGGAUUCGAGCAGAAGAAUUUUCUAUAUCCCCGAAGAAGGACGUGAUUGUGGAAGCGGAGAGCCAUUACGAAUGCCGCCAAAUUUGUGAGAAAAACCUGGUCUCCGGCGAGAAAUUCCCGUGUCGGGCCUUCGUCCACUCGAGCGCCAAAAAGGAGUGCCACCUCUCGGCCGAGUCCGGUUUCUCGCGCCGCAUUCGGCAGACCGACCUGAGCCCGAUUAGCGGUGGGGAGUACUUUGAGAAGUACUGCCUCAAAUCGGAAUUCAUCUGCGGGGAAGCGGCCUUCGAGCAAGUCGCCAACAAAAAGCUCAACGGUUCUUCGUUUGUCGAGAGAAGUCCCUCGCUGAGGAAAUGCCUCGAACACUGCCUAAAUCAAGGCGAAAAGUGCGCUUCGGUUUCGUACGAUUACGAGAAGGAAGAAUGCUGGUCUAGCCCGGAUUCGCGAUUCACGAACGCGCCUCUUUUCGACACGGUCGAGGGCGUGGAUUACUUUGACAAGCUUUGCGACUACAUCCUCAGCCCGAGCGUCAAGCCAAAAAAGGGGCAGCAGGGGAUUGCCACAGAUGUGCGGUCGGGUGACGAUGAGCGCGGUCCGGUGGAGGCGACUUCGCAGGCGAUUUUGGGAAGUGAGGAACCGUCGAGCCUUGGGUCCUUCCCGAUACUUUCGCUGAACCUGAGCUCGCGGACGACAACGCCGCGUCCGAUUGACGGAUCGACUUUCCCGCAAUUGAUCGAGAGCCACGAUUUUGAAGAAUCGACGAGUUACCAGGAUCGCGAGGCACACCUCGAAAUGUCAACCGUGGCCUCGGAAGAGUUCACGGACACGAUCAACGUGCUCGACGACCUCGAAGCGACACGGCAGGUUGUGGCUGCCGAUGAUGUUGGGAAUACGGUCAAGACGAAAUUGCGGACCGAGUGCAGAACCACAGAAAUCAGCGUCACUCUAUCCUUCAAUCGCCCGACUACUGGAGCUAUUUUCAUCAAGGACCACUUCUCAAGUUGCCGCUACGAGUUUCGCGAGAACGACUUUGCCGUCCUCUCAAUCCCGUUCCCAAAUCGAGAUGAGGAGAAUCCAAAAUGUCCAGGCUUUGAGCUGGAACCGGACGUGUGGUCAUUUGUCGUCGUCGUACAGAGGAACGAGAUGGACGCGCCGUCGUUGAUGACGGCCACAGACAAGACGUUUAAUGUCACCUGUGAUUACUCCAAUGCCGACUGGAACUCGAGUAAUAGUGCGGCAACGACGGCGGCCUCGUCAAGCUCUGACCUCCCAGAAGACGUGGUGGACGUCAGCAGAGACGACCCAACCGAACCCCCUGCGCGCGCCCUCGAGAAGAUCAAGAUGCGAAUCCUGAAGGACGGACAGACCGUGAGUGCCGUAGAGCUGGGAGAAGUCGUCGAGCUGAAAUGGGAGAUUACUGAGCGGCGCGCUGGUGUCGGCUACUUUGUCAGCGAGUGCGUCGCGGAGCGUAUGGGAGGGAUUGAUCCGGCUCCCGAGCCGCUCACUAUCAUCCACCACGGGUGCCCAGACCCGAAAGUAGCUAACCGACUCCUUGACGGCGUCGUGGAGCAGCAACCCGACGGCUUCACGGCCAAGAUGAAGGUGUUCCGCUUUGAUGGGUCACGUCGCGUGCGUCUGCGCUGUAUCAUUGACGUGUGCGUGGAGGAUUGCCCCUCGGUCGAAUGCGACGGUCUUGAUCCGGAGCUGAAAAGUUACGGGCGGAAAAAGCGGCAAAGUCUCUCUGACUUGUCGAACAUGAUGAGAAGGUUGAAGCCGAAUUUCCGGACUGAUACGGUGACAACGCCAAUGCCGAGCGCCGAAAGCUCUAUCGAACUCCCGGCUGCAGAUGAACCUCGUCUACAAAAGAAACGUCCGAAUAGGAAUACGAUCACUGGCGUGCUGACGGUAAUCGAUCCGCCCGCCUACAAUGCCGAAGGCGACCCAGAACCGAGAAAAGAUCAACAAAGCAUGGCUUCAUCUCGAGCCCUACCAGAAGACGUCGUCUGCCUAUUACGCCCGAUUUUCGUGACUGGCUCAACGGUGCUCUUCGUACUGCUCCUUAUCCAAACCCUCGUCAUUGCCCGUGUCGUCUAUCAGCGUAUUUUACGCCGACCUGAUGGAUCACUGUACGGCGGCUCGACGUCGUGCCACGUCUCCUCAGCCGGCGGCCUAUCGGACGGCGACUCGACAAGAAGCACAUCUCCGCUCGUCUUCUCCACCAAGACCAGCAAGGCCCCUCCACCCCCACCACCCAAUGCUCGCCGCCAAGCCGAGGGUCUACUCGUCAUCCCCUCAACGAUGCAAUAUAUUUCGCGUGUCGACGCUGAUGGAUAUACAGUGCCGAAUCGACCGCGACAUGGCUGGGAACUCGACUCAAGCCUC